AUGACUAAAUCAUGCCUCCUUCUCUACAUGUUCUCUUCAACGGAACACCUCACUGCAGACAUCAUUCCCAUCACCUCGGACGCGAACGCGCAAGCGCAAAUCGAGACAAUGCGCAAUAAGAUCUUGGCAAACACCAGUAAGAGCAGACUCUUCUUCAACAAAUACGUCUUGUUCCGGAAGCCAUCGGUAUGGGUCGCUACACUGCGCCCGAUCAGAGUUAAUGAUCUCACGGCGCUUCCUCCCACCGAUGCGUUGAUCCAGAAUACCGCUCUCGACAAAGCCCUAUCAAAAGCCAUCAACGAUCCUGCGUCGCCAGGAUGGGCCUUCUACAAUAACAUGUACGGCCUCUACCAGGAUGUCUUUGUUGAACUGGAUGAGCAAGAUGGCACCAUUGAACUGCCACAUCAAGCCUUGCUGGUCCGAUACCAAACAUUGCCAGCAGUGAAACGUGCUGUAGCGGGUGUCGGAUCCGUGGUCUCCGUGAUCGGGGGGUUGGUCGUCACGGCUGUCAGGCUCGGAGAAGAGUCUUAG